AUUCUCCCUCAGUUCUAUUUCAAUACUAUAAAUUUCACGCUACCCUUUUAGCUUUUCUUUAACUCAAAUUUCAAUCGUAUUUUUCUGUCAUUAAUUAACAUGGCCUCCAACGGACUUAUUGCUUGUUUUGGUGAGAUGUUGAUCGAUUUUGUGCCUACCGUUUCCGGCGUAUCAUUAGCCGAGGCCCCUGGAUUCUUAAAAGCUCCGGGCGGUGCACCAGCUAAUGUCGCCAUUGCAGUGACCAGGCUUGGUGGCAAUUCCGCGUUCAUCGGAAAGUUGGGAGACGAUGAAUUCGGUCACAUGUUGGCCGGAAUUUUGAAACAAAACAAAGUUUCGGUUGAAGGCGUCAACUUUGACACCGGAGCCAGAACGGCUUUGGCUUUUGUCACCCUCCGAUCUGAUGGAGAGCGCGAGUUCAUGUUCUACAGGAACCCGAGCGCUGACAUGUUGCUCACGCCCGAAGAGUUAAACCUAGAUCUAAUCAAAUCCGCCAAGGUUUUCCACUACGGAUCCAUCAGUUUGAUCGUAGAGCCCUGCAGAUCGGCGCACUUGAAGGCGAUGGAGGUGGCCAAGGCAGCCGGAACUCUGCUUUCGUUCGACGUUAACCUACGAGAGCCACUUUGGCCGUCAAAAAAGGAAGCCAAGGAGAAGAUUCUCAGUAUUUGGGACUAUGCUGACAUCAUCAAGGUUAGUGACGUUGAGCUUGAAUUUCUCACUGGAAGUAACAAAAUUGAUGAUGAAACUGCCUUGUCCCUUUGGCGCCCGACCAUAAAACUAUUACUUGUGACACUUGGAAAAGAUGGUUGUAAUUAUUAUGCUAAGAAUUUUAAGGGUCACGUGGAUAGUUUUCAUGUUGAUGCUGUUGAUACUACUGGCGCCGGAGAUUCAUUUGUUGGAGCUUUAUUGACAAAACUUGUGGAGGAUGAAUCGAUUUUGGAGGAUGAAGAAAAGCUUAAGAAGGUGCUUAGGUUUGCUUGUGCUUGUGGAGCUAUCACAACAACCAAUAAGGGUGUAAUUCCUAAUCUUCCCACCGAAGAUCAAGCCCUUGCACUCAUGAAGACUAUUUAGCAAUUUUUAGGGUUUUUUGCUUAGUAUUUUCUUUUUCGUUUUUUUAAUAUUACAUACCGGUGUCGAAAAUCAUUACUCUUUCUUUUCAUAUUGAUAGAGAUUUACA